GCUUGAGCGCUUUCGCUGUUCAUGGCGGUCUAGUGCGGUUGGGUUAGUGCUGUUGCGAGCGUGGCUAAAUAAACGCUGUUGACCGAUACCACCGAGAAAAAAAUGGGCUGCGAAGACGAAGUAAUGAAAAUCGCCAAGCGUUUGGACAAAAUGGCCUCUGGGUCUAGCGACGACCAGACGCAAGCUUUGGAUAUCCUCAAGAAUCUGCAAGAGCUGCCAAUCACGUUAGAGAUCCUCCAGCGGACGCGCAUUGGCAUGACAGUCAACUCGCUGCGCAAGUCAAGUAACGAUGAAGAAGUGAUCACGUUGGCCAAGGUUCUCAUCAAAAGCUGGAAGAAGCUGCUCUCAGGGACACCCAGCUCCAAGGAGGCCCCUGCCAAGGAGCCCGAGCCCAAGCCAAGUGCAUCCGCCAAGCACUCGGCAGCGACUGCUGGCAGGCCCAAUGCCAAGCAGACCUCCUUCCCCGCUGACACCACAAAUGCUGUGCGGCUGAAGUGCCGUGAACUUCUGAGUAGUGCACUCAAGUGUGAGGAUAUGCCUGAAGAUUGCGACGUGGACGACCUGGCAGCCAAGAUUGAGGAAAGCAUUUAUAACGAAUUUGGUGAUACAAACAAUAAAUACAAGAACCGGGUGCGAAGCCGUGUCUCCAACCUGAAGGACAGCAAGAAUCCUGCCCUGCGGCUUAACGUGCUGCAUGGUGCCAUCGAACCAGAGCGCAUUGCCCGAAUGACUGCUGAGGAGAUGGCGAGUGAUGACAUGAAGCAGCUGCGGCAGCGCCUGACCAAGGAGGCCAUCAACGACCACCAAAUGACGACGACUGGUGGCACCAAGACUGACCUGCUCAAGUGUGGCAAGUGCAGGAAGAACAAUUGUACCUACAACCAGGUGCAGACACGCAGCGCCGAUGAACCCAUGACCACUUUCUGCUUCUGCAAUGAGUGCGGCCACCGGUGGAAGUUUUGCUGAGCCCUGGACGACGGUGGACACAUCUGAAUUGGCCAAACAAGCCACAGCGUUUGGCCAACACAGCAUAUCUCAGUUCAUUAUGACUCUUCUUUUUUCCCCUGCUUGGAUCAUGUUGCAUGCUCAAACGACACCUGCAUCAUCUGAAAAAAAAAAAAAAAAAAAAAGAUGAUGUAGUGUUCCAUCCAAAAAGAAAAAAAGGGAAAAAAAAAAACAGCUGUUAUACCCCUUCUCUCAUCAGUAAAGCUGAGCAUCCGUUGUUGAGGCCCACAAGAGUGCUGGCUCUUGGAUACCCAUGCACUUGUUUGGAAAGCGCCCAAGCCGCACUUUUGAAAGCAAACCGAAAGUGCAAGCCACCCCGAAACAGCAAAGCGAAUGAGUGUUUUCAUUUAGUAAGUGAAGCAAAAUGUGUCCAUCUGUGAAAUCAUAGUGCUUCUGACCGGACCAUACCAAAGCAGUUAAAUUUUGGGCCACAUUGUUGCAAUCCCUUGCGUCCAAAAAAACUGGUCGCUGUAGGGUUCCCCACUGUUCUCAUUUUGAGACCAGUGGGGGGAAUGGUUGCUGUAGAUACCAGUCGAGGACGCGACAGUGUCACUCCUUUUUUUGUCUUUAGCACCCUCAGCUGAACCACUUAUAAGUUGUUGUUCUACUGUAAGAAGCUUGUUAUGAUUUUCACAUGCUUGUCAAAUCAUCCCGGCACCAUUCAGUAAUAUAGUUAUGUACAUUACUUUA